UUCUGAUAAGUUGGGUUCCCUCAUUUUGGCAGCAGCUGUCAUUCGUAACUGGAACUGUGGCCAGUUAUGGCAGACGUGAUUUUUUUCCUGAAGCUAUUCCUGCUGUCCCUGCUAGCUGUUGGGGGACAUCAAGUAAAUGCCUUCAGUUUUGGAUCUGCUGACGAACAUGACAAUGAAGAGGUGGUGCUGGACCAUUCUUGGCCAUUUGUCCUUGAAUCCGUUUUUCCUGUUGCUCACUCUACAAUAGGGGAUUACUUAUCCCCUCAGCACCAGGGUUUCCCAUCUGAGAUGCCGCAGCAUGAGCUCCAGGUACCCCCUCAACACCACGGCUUCCUGCCCAAGACUGAGCAGCAUGAGCCCCAAAUGUUUCCUCAGCACUAUGGCUUCCAGUCCCAGGUUCCCCCUCAGCACCCCAGCUUCCCACCCAAGAUGCCGCCGCAGCAGCAUGAGCCCCAGGUUCCCCCUCAGCACCAUGGCUUCCCACCCAAGAUGCCGCAGCAGCAUGAGCCCAAGGUGCCCCCUCAGCACCAUGGCUUCCCGCCCAAGAUGCCGCAGCAGCAUGAGCCCAAGGUGCCCCCUCAGCACCACGGCUUCCCGCCCAAGAUGCCGCCGCAGCAGCAUGAGCCCCAGGUGCCCCCUCAGUACCAUGGCUUCCCACCCAAGAUGCCGCCGCAGCAUGAGCCCAAGGUUCCCCCUCAGCACCAUGGCUUCCCGCCCAAGAUGCCGCCACAGCAGUAUGAGCCCCAGGUGCCCCCUCAGCACCACGGCUUCCCGCCCAAGAUGCCGCCGCAGCAGCAUGAGCCCAAGGUUCCCCCUCAGCACCACGGCUUCCCGCCCAAGAUGCCGCCGCAGCAGCAUGAGCCCAAGGUUCCCCCUCAGCACCACAGCUUCCCGCCCAAGAUGCCGCCGCAGCAGCAUGAGCCCCAGGUGCCCCCUCAGCACCACGGCUUCCCGCCCAAGAUGCCGCCGCAGCAGCAUGAGCCCAAGGUUCCCCCUCAGCACCACGGCUUCCCGCCCAAGAUGCCGCCGCAGCAGCAUGAGCCCAAGGUUCCCCCUCAGCACCACGGCUUCCCGCCCAAGAUGCCGCCGCAGCAGCAUGAGCCCCAGGUGCCCCCUCAGCACCACGGCUUCCCGCCCAAGAUGCCGCCGCAGCAGCAUGAGCCCCAGGUGCCCCCUCAGCACCACGGCUUCCCGCCCAAGAUGCCGCCGCAGCAGCAUGAGCCCCAGGUGCCCCCUCAGUACCAUGGCUUCCCGCCCAAGAUGCCGCCGCAGCAUGAGCCCAAGGUUCCCCCUCAGCACCAUGGCUUCCCGCCCAAGAUGCCGCCGCAGCAGCAUGAGCCCCAGGUGCCCCCUCAGCACCACGGCAUCCCGCCCAAGAUGCCGCCGCAGCAGCAUGAGCCCAAGGUUCCCCCUCAGCACCACGGCUUCCCGCCCAAGAUGCCGCCGCAGCAGCAUGAGCCCAAGGUUCCCCCUCAGCACCACGGCUUCCCGCCCAAGAUGCCGCCGCAGCAGCAUGAGCCCCAGGUGCCCCCUCAGCACCACGGCUUCCCGCCCAAGAUGCCGCCGCAGCAGCAUGAGCCCCAGGUGCCCCCUCAGUACCAUGGCUUCCCGCCCAAGAUGCCGCCGCAGCAUGAGCCCAAGGUUCCCCCUCAGCACCAUGGCUUCCCGCCCAAGAUGCCGCCGCAGCAGCAUGAGCCCCAGGUGCCCCCUCAGCACCACGGCUUCCCGCCCAAGAUGCCGCCGCAGCAGCAUGAGCCCCAGGUGCCCCCUCAGCACCACGGCUUCCCGCCCAAGAUGCCCCAUCAGCAUGAGCCCAAGGUUCCCCCUCAGCACCACGGCUUCCCGCCCAAGAUGCCACAGCAGCAUGAGCCCCAGGUGCCCCCUCAGCACCAUGGCUUUCCACCCAACAUGCCACAGCAUCACGGCUUCCCACCUCAGGUCCCCCCUCAGCACCAUGGCUUCCCAGCCAAGAUACCGCAGCAGCAUGUGCCCCCUCAGCACCACGGUUUCCUGCCCCGGGUGCGACCACAGCACCACAGCUUUCCGCCCAAGGUGCCGCAGCACAAGCACAGGGUACCACCUCAGCACCACAACUUCCCGCCAAAGGUGCCCCCUCAGCACCACGGCUUCCUACCCAAGAUGCCACCUCAGCACGAGCCCCAGGUGCCCCCUCAGCACCGCAGCUUCCUACCCAAGAUGCCACCUCAGCACGAACCCCAGGUGCCCCCUCAGCACCACGGCUUCCUACCCAAGAUGCCACCUCAGCACGAGCCCCAGGUGCCCCCUCAGCACCACAGUUUCUCUCAGAAGAUGCCGCCUCAGGACCACAGCUUCCCUCCCAAUAUGCCGCCUCAGCACGAACUCCAGGUGCCCCCUCAGCACCACAGCUUCCUUCCCAAUAUGCCGCCUCAGCACGAACUCCAGGUGCCCCCUCAGCACCACAGCUUCCCUCCCAGUAUGCCACCUCAGCACCACAGCUUCCCUCCCGAGGUGCUGCCUCAGCACAAACCCCAGGUGCCCCCUCAGCACCAUAGCUUCCCUCCCAAGGUGCUCCCUCAGCACCACGGCUUCCCGCCUAAGGUGCAGCAGGAGCACGAGCCCCAGGUGUCCCCUCAGCAGCAAAGCUACAAGGCCAGGAGAACUGGUGUCUUCAAGGUGCCCCAUAAACCACAACUCAUGGCUAAACCACAGAUGCAAAACAAGCAACACUACUGGUCAAAGCAACUUCGGGCACCUUAAAGACGAUGUCGAACACACUGAACUACUCUACUUGGCAUUAAAGACGACUUUGUAUCA